UCCCCCAUCCCCAAUAAGCCAAACUCCAAAGCCAACCCCACCCCGUGACUUCGUGCGCCGACCUUGCUCCGAUUCCCACUCCGAUCUCCGGCCAUGGCCGCGCGGCGCGCCGGAUCCUCCGCCCCCAGAUGGCUUCCCCCGUCCGCGCUCCUCCUCCUGGCCGUCCUCCUCGCGUCCUCGCCCGCGGCGCGCGCGCUCCGGUUCGACCUCGAGUCCGGCCACACCAAGUGCAUCUCCGACGAGAUCAAGGUCGACUCCAUGGCCGUCGGCAAGUACCAGAUCGUCGGCCCCGACAACAGCUCCCCCGACGCCCCGCUCCCCGACUCCCACCGCAUCUCCCUCAGGGUGACCUCGCCGUACGGGAACAGCAUGCACUACUCGGAGAACGUCCAGUCCGGGCACUUCGCCUUCACGGCGACGGAGGCCGGCGACUACCUGGCCUGCUUCUGGGCGCCGGACCACAAGCCGCCCGUCACUGUCACCUUCGAGUUUGAUUGGAAGAGCGGCGUCACGGCCAAGGACUGGCCUAACGUUGCCAAGAAGGGCCAGGUCGAUAUGAUGGAAAUAGAGUUGAGGAAGCUAGCGGAUACCAUUAAAUCUAUCCAUGAAGAAAUGUAUUAUCUACGUGAAAGGGAGGAGGAAAUGCAGAACAUGAACAAGCAAACCAACUCGAGGAUGGGCUGGCUCGGAUUCCUGUCGCUCGGCAUCUGCUUGUCCGUGGCAGGUCUGCAGCUGUGGCAUCUGAAGACCUUUUUUGAGAGAAAGAAGCUGCUGUAGUUGUCCCAUGAUGGCACAUCAUUCUGAAAUUAGGGUAUAUUGUUUCUGUGAGCUGUUAACUUAUGUAUCUGACGGUAUACUCAAAUCUGCAUUAAGAAACCAUGUUCAUUAUACUUGCGGAAUUUCUACAUUUGCCCUUA